AUGGCGUUGGCGCUACAGACCGCAAGGCGCUCCAGCCGUGAUGGUCCGGACGGCGAGGCUGACGUUGCGAAGCCAGCUCUCCGCCGGCCGCGGCAUGGGUUUGGAAACAGGCAUCUCUUGUCGUUUAGGAAGAACCAGUUCUCAGAGCUGGUUGAGAGGACUGUUGAUGCACUCAAAGGCAACAUUGCCGAGGCAUCUGUGGAGGAUGUGCAGAAUGUGUUGUCGAAGAUUCGCAGGCAGUUCGAUGAGGUGCGCUGCGAAGCUGACAGGAAGGAAGCUGAGCUGGUGACAAUCCGUCAAGAAAUCCGCUUCUGGGAGUCAGAGGCCAAGCCGCCAGAGGAGCAGGAUAACUACAAUGGCUUCGUUCGCACAGCUGUUGUGAAAAAGCUUGACCAGGCGUCGACGGAAUUGGAACAAGCACUGGAGACUCAACGAGUGUAUCGACACAUGGUUGAGAGGCUGCUCCGAGAACAGCGUAUCCUGCAGCAGAAGGUGCUGCUAAUGGAGAACUACUUGGACAGAAAAACGCGUGAGGUCGAAGCCAAGCAGACCUUCAGCAGGCGCAUCAAUGAAGACAAGGUGGAGCAGAUCGUGAAGCUAGAGAUGCUGGAGCAGGACAUGCAUCUCGAGCGCAUGGUUUGCACAACCGCCAUCAGCGAUCUGUCGGCUGCGAUUGAGAGGCGUCGCCAUGAUGUCAAUCAAGGUGAAGAUUUCGAGAAUUGGCGGUACGACAUUGCUCUCGAGGCAGCAACAGAAGCCUUUGAGGCCACAGCUGGGCGGUACAGGAAGAUCUAUGCCAUUGAGAAGCUAACAGGCAAUUGCUUGCAGCGCCUCACUUUCGACCAAGCAGAGCAGAGCCAGGCGACUGAAGAUGGCUUCCAGAGGAUCCGUGAGGUGACCGGGCUAACGGAUGUGAUGGAUAUUGUGCACAAGUUUCUAAAUCGUGACGUGGAACAUGAGCAGCUCCGGAACACGGUGAGGGAAGCAGAAGCACGACUCCACCAGCUGCGGGAGGAGGAGGCCAGCCGGCCUCGUGAAGACGCACUCGUUGAUGCCAAGCCGGAGACUCGAGGUCUUGGAGUGGAGGUUACGGAGUUUGAGCAGAUGUUGGAAGACAUUCGACAAGAUCACUCGGAUGUACAAGAGCAGCUGAAGCAAAGCACGCUGCUUAUUGACAGUCUCAAACGAUGGACACAAAGACUGGGCAAGUCCCUGGCCCCGAUCCAGGAGAUGAGGGCGGUUCAGGCGGAGUCAGACCUUCCGCGCUUCUUCGGACACUUAGUGCAGGUGGUUCAUGAGUUCCUUGAGCGUGCACAUGCAGAGAUGCCCGAUGCAAGGCUUGUGAAGGUGACAAGCGAAGCCACCCAAAAGGAUUUCAAUGACCAGGGCAAGCUGCUGCAUGACAAGGAUUUCAUGCGCUCCAACUGCCGCAUUGUUGCAGCUCCGGAUCAGACCGUGAAAGAAGACAGGAGGAAGAAGGAUCCUCAGACUGGUGAGGAUGAGAGAAUGGACAUGGAGUUUGCCAAUGAGCGGGAGCGUGUCAAAAAGGAGGCGGUCGACCGAGAUUUGCGAACGCCGAAGGCCAAAGCAGUUGCCAGAGGUCGAGCUCGAAAUUGA